AUGGAUGGAGAUGCGAUGUUUGCUGCGUUUUUCACUCUCUACACUUUGGGAACUGAGGGAAGUCACAGUGAUGCUUCCAAGGAUGAGCAGAACAAGCCUCAUCCUAAAUUUCAAUGCUCAUUUCCCAGGUUUACCUUCAAGAAUUACCAAUUUGUUUUGGCCUUGACUUUUGCUGUUGAAGAGAUCAACAAAAACCCUGCACUUUUACAUAACGUGACUCUCGGGUUUGAUAUCUCUAAUGUUCAAUUUGAAGCUUGGAAAACAUUCAAAAAUGCUUUCAUGAGCCUCUUUGGGAACUAUAACAUUCCAAACUACUCUUGUAUGAGCGACAGCAAGUCUAUAGCAGUCCUUACAGGACCAUCAGGAUUAACAUCUGCCCAAAUGGGGACAUUACUGGACCUCUACAAGUUUCCACAGAUUACCUUUGGGCCUUUUGAUCGUUCCCUGAGUGAUCAUAACAAGUUUCCUGCUCUCUAUCAGAUGGCUCCAAAGGACACACUAAUAGCCACUGCCAUGGUUUCCUUACUGCUUCACUUCAGCUGGAACUGGGUGGGAUGGGAGUUAACCACAAGGAGGAGAUAUUUCAUGCUAGGCUCAUUACAUGUCCCUCUCAUUUUCUUACACCAUCACCCAGAUGUUUCUGGAUUCACAGAUUUUUUCAAGUCAGUUAACCCUUCCAAAUACACGGAAGACUUCUUCCUUGCUUGGCUGUGGUUUCUCUCUUUUAAUUGCUCAGAUUCUGAGUCUGACUGUGUCAUGUGGGAGAACUGUCCUCAUGAUGCCUCUUUGGAUUGGUUGUCUGGGAAUGUUUUUGACAUAUCCAUGUCUGCAGACAGUUACAAUAUAUACAACGCUGUGUAUGCUGUGGCCAACGCUCUCCAUGAGAUGCUUCUUUAUCAAACAGAAGUACAAACAAUGGGAAACAGAAAGGAGCAAAGGCCUUCCCCUGCACAGCUGCAUGGUUUUCUGAAGAACAUCCAAUUUCACAAUCCUGCUGGAGAUCAAGUGAUUUGGGAUGAGAAAAGAAAGUUGGAAGCAGAGUAUGACAUUGUAAACAUUUGGACUUUUCCAGAAGGUCUUGAACUUAAAUUGAAAGUCGGAAUGUUUUCUCCAUAUGCGCAUCAACUGUCUUUAUCUGAAGAUAUGGUAGACUGGGCCAUAGGAACCACAGAGCCUCCUCACUCUGUCUGCAGUGAGAGUUGUGGUCCUGGAUUCAGGAAAUCCCCACAGGAGGGAAAGGCUGCCUGUUGCUUUGAUUGCACUCCCUGCUCAGAAGAUGACAUUGCUAAUGAGACAGAUAUGGAGCAGUGUGUGAAGUGUCCAGAUCAUCAGUAUGCCAACACACAGAGAAACCAGUGCCUCCCAAGAGGUAAAAGUUUCCUAGCUUAUGGAGAACCCUUGGGUACGGCCUUGGCCUGCAUGGCUCUUGGUUUAUCUACACUCACAGCACUUGUUCUUGGGAUCUUUGUGAAAUAUCACAACACCCCCAUUGUCAAGGCUAAUAACCAGGCCCUCAGCUACAUCCUGCUCAUCUCCCUCAUCUUCUGCUUUCUCUGUUCCUUGCUCUUUAUUGGCCAACCCAACACAGUCACCUGCAUUCUACAGCAAACCACAUUUGGAGUUGCAUUCACUGUAUCUGUUUCCGCUGUUUUGGCCAAAACUGUAACUGUGGUUCUGGCCUUCAAGGUCACUUCUCCAGGGAGAAAGAUAAGGUGGCUGCUGGUAUCAGGGGCUCCUAACUUCAUCAUUCUCAUCUGCACCCUGAUCCAGGUGACUCUCUGUGGAAUCUGGCUGGGAACCUCUCCUCCCUUCAUUGACACUGAUGCCCACUUUGAACAUGGCCUCAUCAUCAUCCUGUGUAACAGUGGCUCCCUCACUGCUUUCUACUGUGUCUUGGGUUUCCUGGUUUUACUGGCCCUGACCAGUUUCACUGUGGCUUUCCUGGCCAGGAACCUGCCUGACACCUUCAAUGAAGCCAAGUUCCUCACCUUCAGCAUGCUGGUGUUCUGCAGUGUGUGGCUCACCUUACUGCCAGUCUACCACAGUGCCAAGGGGAAGGUCAUGGUGGCUGUUGAGGUCUUCUCCAUCUUGGCCUCUAGUGCAGGGCUCCUGGGCUGCAUUUUUGCCCCCAAGUGCUACAUCAUCUUGUUGAGGCCAGAGAGAAAUGUUCUGCAUGGCUUCCGGGGCAAAACACAUACUGGGAGAAAUAAGUGUUCUUAA